AUGAAUAUUGAGUCCAGCAUAGUGGCUGGAAUACCCGAAGCUGUCGGCGCUGACGAGCAGGAGACCGUGUGCAGCGCACAUCCUAGCGGAUUCCAAGAAGCAAGACUGCGUGCGAGAAUUGCCGAGUUGGAAAGGCAAUUGCAAAUGGUAACAAGGCCGGCGACACGUGCGGAGGAUCCGCCAUCUUUAAUUACAGAUACAAUGCCAGCAACGCAUAGGUUAGAAUCAGAUCGUCCGAUUAAUGGACUACAGCCACCACUAAUAAACACUCGCCCUGAGCUGCCAUCGACAAUUGGAACAAUGCCCCUGAUCUCACCAAACACGGUUGGUGGAUGGAUGACUAGAAAAAUCCCGGAACUGCCAGAGUUUUCGGGACUACCAGAAGAUUGGCCAAUAUUCUACUGCGCGUUUACUGAAACAAAUAGUGUAUAUGGAUGCACGGAUUUGGAGAAUAAUCAGCGUCUGGUUAAAGCUCUUAAGGGCGAUGCCCGUGAAACUGUUAAAUCUCUGCUUAUCCAUCCCAGAAAUGUGAACGCAGUCAUAAAUCAACUAAGAUUCCGUUAUGGUCGUCCGGAGCAGCUCGUACGCAGUCAGCUUCAAAGCGUGCGUGAUGUUCAACCGAUACAAGAGCACAAUUUAGCAAAGAUUAUUCCAUUCGCUACGCGCGUGAGUAACCUGGCUGCGUUUUUACAAUCUAUCAACGAGAGCCAGCACUUGGCUAAUCCAACCCUGUUAGAUGAACUAACCACGAAAUUGCCGCUGGACAAGAGAGUGGACUGGGCUAGACGCGCCGCAUCUAUAAAGCCCUACCCGACUGUCAUCGACUUUAGCGUCUGGUUAGAAGAACUAGCUAGCGUAAUAUGCACUAUCGUGGACUCCGACCACAGGGAAGGCAAACGACGAAUACUGUACACGAAGUUUGAAGAAGAGACGCGCGUCGAGCAACAUGGCCAACCCUGUCCAAACUGUUACGGGUCACACGAUAUAACCGAAUGUGCGGAGUUUCGUCUUGCUUCACCGACUGCGAGAUGGAGACUUGUCAAGAAGUACCGUCUAUGUUUCUUGUGCUUGAGUCCCGGGCACGUAGUUCGAAAGUGUACCACCAAGUCCAGAUGCCAUAUAGGUGAAUGCGGGCGAGCUCACCAUAACCUCCUACAUGAUUUCGAGUCUAAUUACAGGAAGGCUUCAAUGUCAAAGGCUGGACAUGGAAGCCCCACGAGGCCUCAACCAGUACUCAACAAUGGCAAGCAGCCCUCACCGGAACCAAGAAGCCAACAGCCAACCCAACAGAUGAACUUAAGUUGUGUUGACACUAAGACAACGCAACUAUUGUUUCGGAUCCUGCCAGUGACGCUUUAUUGGCCGAACCGUCGAGUAGAGACGUACGCACUGCUUGACGAAGCAUCAUCGGUAACCAUGAUCGAUGAAGUGCUACUCAAGGAUUUGGGCCUUAAUGGAGAACGCAGUCAACUUGCAGUCAAAUGGUUUAAAAAUAUGACAACCCAAGAGCCAACAAAGAGGAUAAACUUACACAUUAGUGGACAUGAUAAAAACAAGAAGUACGAAUUUAAGAAUGUGCAUGCAGUGGAUGGGUUAGAUCUGCCGAUGCAGACCUUGAAUCAGGACUACCUCCAAGUAAUCAAUCCGCAAUCACGUUUCCCUGUUGAGGCAUAUACUAACGCGAUGCCUAGGAUCCUAAUAGGCCUGGAUCACAAGUACCUUGUCGUGCCAUCCAGCACCUGGAAAACCUCCAAUAGGGGACCGUACGUGGCCGUUACUAGGUUAGGAUGGGAUGUUUCUGGGGCGUUCCACAAGCAUCAACAUACAUCUGCGCCAAAGCCAUGUCUAUUUGCAGCAACGGACACCGAUGAAGUUCAUAAGAUGGUCAGCGAAUACUUUGAACUGGAGAACCUAGGGGUGAAGCCAACUCCACCAGCCCCUUCAGAUGACGACAUACGGGCACAAAGUAUUUUGAACGAGACGACGGUAGAAUUACUCGGGCAGUACCAGACGGGAUUAAUCUGGAAACGUGACAACGUAAAUCUACCUUCCAGUUAUAAAAUGGCGUUAAAUAGGUUGAAAACUGUUGAAAGAAAAAUGGAAAGAGAUAAACAGUUUGCCCAAGAGUAUAAAGGAAUGAUAAACGAUUACAUAAGUAAAGGAUACGCUCGACGUGUAGAGCGAGAAGAAGACACUGCAGUCGGCAGCGGCAAAAUAUGGUAUUUGCCGCAUUUCGCAGUGACGAACCCGAAUAAGCCAGGGAAAAUUCGGCUAGUCUUUGACGCGGCUGCCAAAGUGGGCAACGUGUCACUGAAUUCAGAGCUAUUAAAGGGACCACAGCACUAUAGGCCGCUUCUUUCUGUUCUAUUCCAUUUCAGAGAAGGAGCUGUUGCGGUCACCGGAGACAUCAAAGAAAUGUUCCACCAGAUCUAUGUACAGCCCCAGGACCGAAGUUCUCAACGGUUCCUGUGGCGGGAUGGAGAUAGACAACGAGAAGCUGAUGUGUACGAGAUGCAGGUGAUGACCUUUGGAGCUGCCUGUUCUCCAAGUGCCGCACAUCAUGUCAUGACGCUAAAUGCGAUGCGUCACCAACAAGUAGACCCACGAGCGGUCAAAGCUAUUACAGACUAUCAUUAUGUGGACGAUUAUGUGGACAGUUUCGCCACUGAGGACGAAGCUAUAUCAGUCUCUGUCAGGGUCAGAGACAUACACAAGACUGGAGGAUUUGAGCUACGCCGAUUUCAAUCCAACUCACCUAAGGUUGUGGAGUCCUUGGGUCAAGAAGGAACCACCAACCCAGUUGGGUGGGCUGAAGCAGAGGAGAAAAUUCUUGGAUUGUAUUGGCAGCCAGCGACCGAUGAAUUUAGGUUUAACGUGAAGUACCAGAGGAUCAAGGACGAUGUGCCUACCAAGAGGCAAUUCCUCAGCCUAAUCAUGUCAACGUUCGACCCGAUGGGGUUCCUGAGUUGUUUCACCAUUACCGGCAAGUUAUUAUUACGCGAGAUUUGGAGAAGGAAUGUUUUAUGGGAUGAACCGUUGCCAAAAGAACUCAGCAGCGCCUUCCAGAAAUGGCGCCAUCAGCUAGAAGGAGUGGGUCUGUUCCGAUGCCCGCGUCACUACUUUGGAUCAGAAAUGGUGAAGUCAAUACAAUUACAUGUCUUCACUGACGCCAGUGAGUCGGCGUACGCGGCUGUGGCCUACUGGAGGGCCACCUACCAAAAUGGGGAUGUACAAGUGAGUUUCGUUUGUGGUAAAACGAAAUGCGCUCCGAUGAGAACCAUGUCAGUUCCACGACUGGAGCUGCAGGCAGCGGUGCUCGGUACACGCUUGAUGAACGCUGUGAAGAGUGGACACUGCAUGGAGACGGAAGAUGUUGCUAACGACGAAUUUAUACAAUUUCAGAGAUUCUCGGAGUACAACCGACUGUUGAGGACUAUGACUUGGGUUCUCCGAUUCGUGUGUCGGUGCCGUCGUCAGCAGCACAAACAUGGAAAAUAUGGAUUGACUGCAGCCGAAUGUGCGAAAGCCGAACUUGUCUUGGUUCGUGUUGCUCAAAGGGAAGCGUUCCCAGACGAGUUGCAUCGCCUAUAUGCAAACAGACCAGUCCAGCCGACGAGUGAGCUGAAGGGACUGCUACCCUACCUUGACGACUUAGCGAUUCUACGCGCAUCUGGGAGAAUCGAUGCGGCCCUGUGUUUACCGUAUGGGGCGAGAAGGCCCAUCAUUCUCACGCAUAGGCACCCACUGACGGAUUUGAUCGUUCGUCACUACCAUGUAAGGAUGAAACAUCAGAAUGUAAACGCAACUAUCACCGAGAUCCGCAUGAAGUUCUGGAUAACGAAACUGCGCCGGGUACUGCAGCGGGUUAUCCGGAACUGUGGUGUGGGCAAACUCCAGCGUGCAACCCCAACCCCACCUUUAAUGGGUCCGUUGCCUGAAGAUCGCCUAAAACCGGGUGGAUGGCCAUUUGAGUACACUGGUUUAGACUAUUUCGGACCACUACUUGUGACGGUGGGUCGACACCAAGAGAAGAGGUGGGUGGCUCUAUUCACCUGUCUAAGAACUAGAGCAAUUCACCUGGAGCUAGCCCACGAUUUGUCAACAGACUCCUGCAUACUUGCGAUGAGGAAUUUUAUGUGCCGCCGAGGACCAGUAACAAAGCUGCGUAGUGACAAUGGGAAGAAUUUCAUCGGCGCAGACAGGGAAGCCAAACGGUUUACCGACGUUUUUGAAGCAGACAAGAUCCAGGACGAGCUUGCUACCCGUUGUGUGGAGUGGAUUUUUAACUGCCCUCUCAACCCCGCGGAGGGAGGAGUCUGGGAGAGGAUGGUCCGAUGCGAAGCAAUGGCGCAUGGCACGACUACUGAGGGACCGGUUCUGGAAGCGAACAGACUCAAUCUUAAUUCGCGCACCCAGCCAAUCAGAAAGGAUGAUGUCGUCUACAUCUGUGACCCUGCAACACCACGACGAGAAUGGAGCAAGGGUAUAGUCGAGGAGGUAUACACCGGAGCAGAUGGGAUACCUCGGCGAGCAGCUGUAAGAGACGCCGAUGGAAAUAGGGUUCACAGGGUAAUACGUCCCGUCUCCAGACUAGCGGUCCUAGAUGUGAUGCAGUCGCUUCACGGGGGCGGGGAUGUCGCGGGACGGGAAUUGAUCACCGAAUAA